AACCGUACGGACCACUAACCGGCAUGCAAAGAAUAUUUGAAGUUUUCCCAAGUAGAGUAGACGUGGACUCCUUGGUGCGUAAGCAUCCUCCGAAACCUCCCAAAAACCUUGAAGCGUUCCAUUUUUUGAUUUUUAUCUUCUCGAUUUCUAAUCUCUGCUUGGAGAUACACUUGAGCUCACAGUCAUCCCGACAGGAGCUUUUUGGAAAACGUUGAUUUCUUUCUUGUCGAAUUUGGUGGAUAUCAACAAUUAGAGGCUUGCUCCGACUACAACCAACAUGGAAGUGAAGGAAUGGAGAGAUCGACUAUCACCAGAAUCUCGAGAAAGGAUCGUGUGUAGGAUCAUGGAUAUAUUAAAGAAGCAGAUUCAAUCUUCUGGGAGAGAUGGAUUAUCUCAAAUUAAGACACUUUCUGAGAAUUUUGAGAAGAAGAUUUAUGAGUCUGCCACAGAUGAGAAUGAUUAUUUGAAGAAGAUAUCACUGAAGUUGCUGACUGUUGAAGAGAAAUUGUCUCAAUCUAAUUCUUUACUAUCAAAGUCUUAUUCUGGUGAAACUUCAGCACCACGCAGUAUUCAGUCCCAAGUGGAUAAGCAUCGGCAAUCGCUUUCUCUUCAUUCUUAUCAGUCCCAACAUCAAUUAUCACCGAACUCUCAGAACAACAUUGCACCUUGCGGAACUUCUUCCAGCUUACCAUCUUCAGGACAUCCUCUCAGUGAUUUAAUCGAGACUCCUAUGCCAAAUGCUGCCACUGAAGAUUCCAACUUGCAGCGUACAUCUGGAAUUUCGCAAAUGGCAGUUGAAUGGUCAGCGGGACAUGGAAUAUAUUCUGACGUUUCUCUCAAUAAUCCAAUUGAGGUUCAAGGAAGGAAACAUCCACCGCAGGUUCACGGCCAGGAAGGACAAUCAGGGCAGCAAAAUGAUCAGAAACUCUCGCGACCUAAUCAAAUGCAGUCUUGUCAGCUAUCUGUCACGCAAACUACCUUUAGACAGCCUUCUGAGACACAAUCAUGUGUAGUUUCUGACCAUCUGCAGUAUCGGCAGCCUUCCUGUCAACAAUCAUUACAACCUCUGCUUAUGAGACAUCCACAAAGGCAACUGCAAAAAACACAUCAGGCUCCUGUUACUCAUCAACACAAAUCACCAAUGCGAGAUCAGAUACUAUCGAUAUCUGAUCAGCAACCGCAAUCAAUAAAUCAAAAUAUGGCUGCUACUUAUGUAACACAAAAUCAGUUAAUUGGGCAACAAAAUCUUACCCCUGACUCACUGCAGCAACAGCAAAGGUUACCAUUCCUGCAGAACAAGGCUCAAAACAUGCAGCAGGAACCUUUGCAAGGCCAGCAAAACAAUCAGUCAAGUCAACAUCAUCAACAGUUGGCCCAACAAAGAGAUUUUUCUGUACUAAAGCCGAAACUGAAGCUGCAUGGGAAACAAUGUAGUAAUUAUACCAUGCGCCAAACUCAGGUUGCGGCAGAGGGGCAUACCCAGAAGACAGCUUCAGCUUUGUUGCCACCUCAAGGGCAACAAUCACAACCACAGCUUCCAGUGAGGGAACUGAUAUCUCAAUCACAGCUCGAAAAAAUGCAACAACCACCAACUCCAUCACAGCCAGAUGCAAUGGAAAUUUCUGAAGCAUUGGGACCACUAAAUCUCACAUCUGAUAAAUCGUUAGCAAAUAUCAGUGAUUGGCAAGAGGAGGUUUAUCAGAGGGUUGAAAGUUUAAAAAGCAGGUAUUUGAAACAACUUAAUGGGUUGCGGCAAACAUUGACUAAUAGGCUCCAGCAGCAGGAUUCUGCUCCUCGUCCAACAAACACAGGCCAAGAGAAAAUUAAUGUGUUGAAUCUGAUUAUAUCUUACCUAAAUGUGCCCAAAAGCAAGAUCAUACCUUCUUAUGCGGAGAAGUUGGAUACACUUCAAAAGAAGAUACUUUGGAUUCUUCAGCUGACUGGAAAAAAGUCUGAUUCUUCACUACGGGAAGGAAAACGUUUCCCAGAUAUUUACUCUGUGCAGCAGUUGACGCAGCCACAAACUCAGACAUCUGAAGUGCAUCAACUUGAAGAUCAAAAGACACCGCCACUGCAAUUUACCAAGUCACAGAGUACUCUAGCGGCAAUGCAGCGGAAAGAACAACGGGAUGUAUUGGCUCAAAAGCCUGAGCUAGUAUUUCAAAAGCCCAACAUGCAGCAACAACUGGUACCAGAGAAUCACCAAAUAUUGCCCCAUCAGGCUGCAAAGCCGCAGGCUCAAGCAAAACGACAGAUUCAGUUGAAUGAGGCAAAUGAAUUAAAAGUGAGACUAGGGUCAAGUGUUAAUAAGUCACAGCAUCAGGAAAAUGCAGUAAUGGACUCGAGAGUUCAAGAAGGGAUGGGUGUCAAAUCAGGACGUAUUUUGAAAAAUCAAUCUGGUGCCACGUGCUCAGUGUAUAGUUCUCAGCACUCAAAGCCUGGGGCUUCGAUUCCUAUUUCGUCAUCCAAAGUCUCCUAUCAUCCACUAGCUCACCAUUGUCCACAGAUUGAUGUGCAAAAUCUGCCAACACCUCUUGCAGAGGCCAGAACCUGUUUUCAUUCUGCAAAGUCUUGGUCUGCUCUACCUUCUUCCUUAGCUCAACCCUCCAUGUUAGGGAAUUAUGUGAAACCUACUUUUGGUGCUCCAUCACUCUUGGAUACUGGAGAUAUUGUACAUCCCCAUGUACCUGGUUCUCUAGGACCUGGCCAAUCGCUUGCCAUCUGCCCUCCUGGGAUGUCAGUCUCACCAUAUCUUGAGGAACUUGAUACUCUGGAUGCCAUGAAUUGUAAUAUGGUAACCAUCAAUUAUGAUCAGUCAAGUGUUGCUGAGCAGCCUAUUAAGCGCUUAAUUAAUGUGGUGAACUUGAUCUCAUCUAAAGAACUCAGUGCUACUAUUGGUGACAUUGGAUCAGUGAUUGGUAUUACUGAUUGGAUAUCAAGUUCGCUGCCAGCUAAUGGGUCUAGAGCAGCAAUAGGUGAGGAUUUGGUUGCCAUGACGAAGUCUAGUUUGCAAGCAAGAUAUUUAAAAGGGUGGAAUGAUACAUCUGGAACAAGGAAAAGGAAUCGCUGCACAAAUUGGAUUGCGUCAAAUCCUUCUCCAAUGAAUGUUAGCAUGAAUGAUGGAUUCAGACAGUGCAUUGACGUGGAGAAACCCAAGUUGGAGCCAUCUGCGAUGUCUUGUAUUAAACGGCCUAGGAUUGAGGCCAAGCAUGCUCUGUUGGAAGAAAUUAGGGAAAUAAACCAGCAGCUGAUAGACACUGUGGUAGUCAUUAGUGACGAACAUACCAUUUCAACUGCUGCUGCAACUGGUUGUGGUGAAGGUACCAUUGUCAUGUGCUCAUUCACUGCUGUGGCCGCCUGUCCAGACUUCAAAUCACGACCUGUUUCAUCUCAGGCGUCACCUAUUCAGCCCUUAAAAUUGCUCGUUCCCGCUAAUUAUCCACACACUUCUCCUGUACUCCUAGACAAAAUGCCAGUGGGAGAAAGAGAGGACCACCGGGACCUUUCAGCAAAGGUAAUAUCAAAGCUCAAUUCAUGCCUCAGAACCCUGUCAAAUCCCUUCUCAGUGGGGGAGAUAGCAAGGAUGUGGGAUUUUUGUGUCCGGGAGGUUGUCCUCGAGUAUGCAGUGCAGAAUGGCGGAGGCAACUUUAGCUCAAAAUAUGGAACUUGGGAGACAUUUCUUGGAGUUGGAGCUGCUUGAAUCAUUCUGCACUUGCAUAUCAUCUACUUGGAAGAUUCCUAUUGAUAUGCACCGAGGUUGGUUUUGCUACAGAUGAUGGAUUAAUUUAUUUAUUUUCUGCUAUUUGUAUCAGGUGCGAUGCUUGUGUAGGGUCUUCUUUAUAUUGAUUUGUCCGACCAACUUUUCAAAAGUGGGUUUAAUUUUUUUUGUAGUUUUGAAAGCGUUUGAGCUUAUUUGUAAUUUUAAUAAAUUAUAAUAUGAAGUUUUUCAAUCCAUUGGAAAGUAACAGAACAGAGAAGAUUAUUUUGGGGAUUUCA